UCUGUUAUAUUUUUUGGCCGCAUUUUUAAUAGCGGUUUUGAGGAUUCGAAACUGCAGAGCAGGGCGGAAUUGGAACUACGAACCGGUAACCCUACAAGCCUUCUCAUCCGACGACAGUCUCUUGAAGAUUUCCGCCAAAGUGGAUCGGCUGGGACGGGCAGACUUUGCCUUUUCGAUGACCCUGGACUGGAACUAUGAUGCGGAUAAGAACACCAUGGUCGAAGCUGAUGUCUACCACUGCACUUCGGGCGAUGAAAGCGACUACAAACUGAUGCCCUUCUCCAUACCGAAGCAACCCUUUUUCGAGUACCUCAAUGCCUUCUACAAGGAUGCCUUCAUCAAGAACGUGGGUCAUUGUUCGAAUCUGAUCCAGUUCGAGGGGGAGUUUACACCACCCUGGCCCCGAGGUGUUUACAAACUGGACAAGUGUGUGGCCAGUGGCGAGGGAUUACCGGAGCUUGUACCGGAAGGUUACUACAAGAUCGUUUAUAAUACCACUGGGCAGGUCACUUGGGGGUUUAUUUUUGUGGUUAGGGUUACCCAAAAGGUUAUAUAGAUGAUAUAUGAGAGAGUUUUAUACUUAAGGGGGGGUUAGGGUCUGAGCGAGCAAAAAAAGACACAUUUUCAUGUUUUUUUUUUGAUGAUCUGGUAAACAUCUAUUUAUUUAAACUAUUUUUAGAUUGAAGUACAACAUUUGAAGAAUGUUUUGUAAAAUUUUCA